UAAGAACAAAAGAAAAAAGGUAGGAUCCGUCGCUAUAUAACUCAUCUGACUAUGUCUUCAACUCCUGACAUGCGUGAAACACGUGACCAUGCCGGCCAAUGGAACAAUAUGAAUAUCAACAUGCUCUUCAAUUUCAUACGACAGGAUGAAGCAGUCUUAAAGUACCAGGAUCAGCUCGAAUCGGAAAUUCGUCAAAGUAGAGCGACAUACCUGCAACUUAUCAACCAUUGCACUGACUUGGAGGGCAAACUUUGCGAGGUGGAACAUAUGCGAUCCAGAUUAGAGUUGAAAGUGGAACAUAUUACAGAAGACAACAAAGCUCUACAUCGCACUCUCGAAUUAGAGCGUACAAAAAUACGAGAGAUGGCUUCACGCCUUGCAUCAUUGUCCUCUAUCAAUCAAUCCUUACUGAGCGGAGAUAGCAAAAGUAUGGGGUCUGAUACCAGAUCUGUUGAUACGAGACAACUUCUGCUGGAGAACGAGCAACAGCGCAUUUUGAUAUCUAAUCUACAUUCGACGUUGGACUGCAAGAAUGAAACCAUCAAGAACCUCCGCCAGGCGCUAUCUGAGGUUAAUCAGGGUGUUAAGGGUGCUAUUGAGAUUAUUGAAGAGGGUUCAGAGUCUCAGAUAGACUACUGGGGCCAGAUUGAAGAAGUCUAG